ACACUGCCACUGUCGAACAGCUGUUUUCUCAUCUGUGUAACAUUGCGAGCGCUUGUGUUCCAAAUUUUACGUAAUUCGCAUCUGGAAGCCGAUUAUUGCGAGCAGACCAGCGAAAUGUCGGCCCUCCGCCAAGUGAUGUGCAGAAGCACCGCCUCUCUGCAGCUCUACCAGGCCAACAAGCUGGCCGCCGCCCGCUGGGCGUCCGCCUCCUCGCUGGACAGCGGCCCACUCGAUCCCAAGUUGGCACUGGCCCGUCCCGAGGAAGUCGAGCAGCGCAACAAGCUGAGCGGCAAGAUCACCGUGCCCACGGCCGUCAAUCUGGGACCAAUUUCCGGAGUGCCGGACGAACACCUAAAGGAGCGUCGCGUCCGCAUCCAUAUUCCGCCCAAGAACGCCAUGCAGAGCGGCACGGACAACGUCAACACCUGGCAAAUCGAGUUCGACAACCGCGAACGCUGGGAGAAUCCACUCAUGGGCUGGGCCUCCACCGGGGAUCCACUGUCCAACCUGAACGUGCAAUUCGGCUCCCAGGAGGAGGCAAUCACCUAUUGCGAGCGCAACGGCUGGCGUUGGUACGUCGACGGCGCCGAGAAGCCCAAAAAAGAGCGCGUUAAGAACUACGGGAUCAACUUUGCCUGGAACAAGCGUACACGCGUCUCCACCAAGUAGGCUUAAUUCGAGAGCCAGGAUCAUAGACAACUAUUCUUUUUUUUUUGCCUGAUUUGUUCAUAAUCUGAAUUACCAAAAUAAACAGUCGGUUGGACUAGGAAGUAAACUCUAA